CGUGCUGCAGAUGAAACUUGAAGAAGCUGCAGAGAGUUUGGAGUAAAACUAAUCUCAUCCAGACUCAGCGGACGCCCGCGGACAGAUCACAUCUCACUGUGACUUAAAACAUGAAGUCCAUGAAGAUGAUGAUGCUGCCUCUUCUCAUCACUUUAUUACACAGUCCGGUCUGUCUGUCGGUCACAGUGAGCAGCAGUAAACCCAAAGUGGAGGUCCACGAGCACACAGACGCCGUCCUGUCCUGUGAGUUCAGGACAGAGAAAGAUCAGAGUCCUCGGAUCGAGUGGAAGAAGAAAGGAAAGGCCGUGACAUUCGUGUACUUUAAUCACAAAUUUAUUGGAUCUUAUGCAGGACGGGCAAAGAUAGAGGGAGCCACGCUGACGAUACACUCUGUUACCCAGAAAGACUCUGGAGAAUACCGCUGUGAGGUGACCGCCAGCGAGGACCACGUCAACCUCGGAGAGGCCACCGUGACCCUCAACGUGCUCGUGCCUCCUCAUGUCCCGUCCUGCGAGGUGCCCAGCUCCGUGUUCGUGGGCUCAGGCCUGGAGCUUCACUGUAAGGACAAACUCAGCGUGCCUCCUGCCACAUACCGCUGGUACAAAGACAACAAGGCUCUGACGGGAACAGCAGACACUCCGUACAGCGUCGACACAAACAAGGGCCUACUGAAAUUUAAGAGUGUGUCCAAAACAGAUGCAGGGAUGUACCGCUGUGAGUCAUCCAACAAUGUGGGGGCUCCCAAGAGCUGCGUGGCUCAGCAACUUAAAGUGGUUGACUACCCCAUAAAUCUGGCGAUUUUGAUAGCAGGAGCUGCAGGUUUUCUGAUCCUCGCCCUCUUCUGCUGCAUCUGUGUGUGUCUCUGUCGACGCCGAGGCUGCUGCAAGAAGAACAAGAAAACAAAAAGGUGA